UAGUUAUGUAUUUAUAGAAGAGAAAAAUCAGCAUUUAAAUUUUCAAGUAGUCUUCUUACUUCUUUCGGAGAAAAACCUCAUUGACUAUUAUUUCCAGAUUGUUCGAGGUUUCUCUUUUCUGCAGUAUCUUAUUACAACAGAAAAAAUAAUUUAGAAAAGAAAACACAUGGAUGCGAGCUAUCGGGACUUCAAAGGAACUUGGAAUUAGGAAGAGGGGUGGUCGGGGCUUGAUGUCGAUCCAGGAGACAGAGGUGAUGGAGACCUUGGGUGAUGGAGAACGAGUCGUAGACGAAGUGGUUCAGCUCGAGAAGUUAAUUGCGGCGGACGAAGAGCUCGCAGCUAAAAUCCUCCAGCGAGCCUGGUGGAGUCACAUCAACAGGAGGCUGUUCAGGCUGCUAACACACACCAUCCGGGCCGCGGAGCAUUGCAUUACAUAUGAGAUUAUGAGGAGAGUGAGUCCUUUAGAAGCUGAACUUAUAAAAGAUCCUAGUAUGCAGUAUAAAGUCAGAUUCAGAUUUGCUGGUCAUGAGUUUCCACCUUUCGUUGUGUUUAAGAUUUUUCACCAUACUGGAGGCCGAGGCAGCAAGUACAUAAGUGGAAAAAGAACAAUAAGUCCAGCAAGUGAGGCAGCAGCUGAUGCUUGCAAGUUGAUGGGACAUCGGAAAUAUUAUGAUCAAAUGAUAUGGGAUGAACUUCAGUACCAAAACCACAAAAUAAUAGACGAAAUAGACGUUGCUACAGUGAAAGAUUACAUGCAAUAUAUCAGUAACCUGGAUGAGACCCCAGCAUACUGUGGUGGCAGGGAUAACUGCUGGAGAAAAUUGUCUCUGGAAAACUUUCCCAGGACAAUGAUAAUGUAUGACAUAAUGGAUUAUGCACAGUCUGGGACACUGUCAAACCGACUUAAGGAGAAACUGACAUUUCUGCUCCUGAGGCCACAGAAUGAAGAGCUACGGCAUGAUCAACUCAUGACUGUUUCUCGAGUCAGGUCUCCUACACCUUGUCCUUCAACAGCCACCUCUUCACACAGGUCUUAUCAACCCUCUUCACUGCCUAGCCCCUCAGUGCGUCGCUCUCGCCAAGCUCGACAGAAAGUAGCAAAAAUGAAAAGAGUUCAUGCACUUGAAAAAGAAAGAGAGGAACAGAAAUUGGAUGUUACAAAUAGAAGCCACUUCACUGAACAUCAAGAAACUAUGACUGCACCAAUUGAAGACCUUGAGGAGCAUUCUGUCUUUUCAGAUGAAGAGUGGGAGCAUGAGGCAGCUAAAUUGUAUGCCUGGUCUCAGGCGUUAUCUCUUGAAGACACUGGAGAAUCUUCGCUCACACCUAAUUUCUGAAUUUUAAUAAUGGUUAUUUCACAUUAGCAGUAGUGGUAAACAGAAAACAUUUUCAAAUCUUUUCUACCCUGCUGUAAAUAUGUUGCAAAUUUUAAUCAUAGAGAACAUGGAUUACAUACAUAUAAUUGCUUUCACCUUGACUGUAACAGACUUAGAAUUUGAGCUACGGACAGGUUAUCUAUGAACAUUGUAUAUUUUGUGUACAAUGUAUGAUUACAGUAAUUGUUUUGCUGUGCCAUUGUUUAUUUCAUUUUCAUUAUGGAAUAGUACUAGCUACUUAAUGGUGAAGAUUGCAUCCCACAAUAAGCUCAAUUUCCAGCCUCUGCUCACUACUUCCCAAAACGAAACCAGUCUGCCUGAAAAUUCAUGUGCAGCAUUUCAUUCCAGGGUAGAAUUUUUCUGGGAAGGUUGAAAUGAAAUCCUAACAGCUAUUUUAAAGUUAUAGGGCCAGAUACAGGGCCAUAUUAAGGUUCUUUUAUACAGCUCUGGGAACAAAGCAACUUAAAACCAUCUUAAUCAAUUAUAUGAAGAUUCUACCAGCAAAGGACAAUCCCCAGAUGAUGUGGAGCCAGCAAGCUAGCUUUGUGUCACAGUUUGCUGGUACUCUCAAUGGACAUGUCCAUGCCCUUUUUCUCGAUGAAGAAAGUGCGAAAAUGUAUAGAACCAAUACAACUUUACCCUAAAAUUUUAUUCCAUUUGAAACUUGGACACUUCUUAAUUAAACAAAAAAUAUAUAAAAUCAACAGGCUAUUUCCAUUGCAGAACAAGACUGGGCAAAACUACGGUUAGGUGAGUGAUGUAAAUUUAAUUACUUUUUUUGGUAAGGUGUAGAAUUCCUGUAAAGAAAGAAGGGGUUGUUUAUUUUGAUUUUUUGAUUGCUACCUGAACUGCACUAAAACUUACUUCCUGAAGAUUUUUUGUUGGCAAAUUUAGUUUACUUAACUGUACCUAGAGCUCAGUCUUGUCCCUGUUGGCUUCAGUGGGUAUAGUAGUGAGCCAAUUAAGCCCAAUCCAACUCCACUAGGAAUCAACAGAGAAAUUCACACUCAGUUCACUGGGAGUUGGAUCUAGUUCCAUGCGGUUUAAGAACAUAAGGAUUUGUUCAAUUAAAAGCUGAAGUUCAAUUUCACCAACACCUGUUUUCUCCUCUUGAGUACUGUUUUACAGUGUUUGGGUAACCUGUCACGAAAAACAGCAAGGACAAAAAUUAUGGAUACUUGGAUAGUGAGAAGCAUGCCUCUCAUACUUCACAACUGGCACCAAAUGAACACUAAGCAUCCAAGCAAUUGUUUUUAUAUUCUAGAAUAUACUGUUGUAUUUUGAUAUUUCAUGGAUGCAAGGCCUAAGGUUAUUUUGAAUUAACACUAAACAUAGUUUGACUACCUAAACUGAAGUCUCUAAUCUGGGGACUAGCUGAAGCAUAUGAUGGUGAUACUACUAUUGUUCAGCUACAAAUCCUUUACAACUCCUAAACCAGCUCUUCAGUUUUGCCUAAAUUGUUCAGUACCACCAGACCCUCGCUAGAACGCACGUCUGUAUAGCACGAAUUCACAUAUAAUGCGGUCACGGCCAUGGAACCCAAAUGUAAUUACUUUAAUUGCAAUUCAUUUUAAUGCGGUCCCCGCGUUAACGCAGUACCGCUCAUGGAUCCCAAAUCUUGCGUUCUAGCGAGGGUCCGGUAUAUUUAGGUUGAUUGUAAAAUUAUUCUGAUUAAGACAUUGCUUUGCUGUUUGUAACUAGACUUAGUCCUACACAGAACUUCUUUCAUUAAACAGUAAUACUGCAGA